AUGGAUUUACAGUACGCUUCAGACUCGGAAGAUGAGUCGGUAUCGCCUUUAAAGCCGCCUCCACCGAAUUUGUACCUGAAAUAUUCAAAGCAAUGGACUUUCCAGCGAAAAUCCGGAAUUUGUCGGAAAACUGCUUUUAUCUAUCUAAACAUCCAACCGCAUCCACAAGAAUACCACUUGCUACAAAAUUUAGCAAAUAAAACAUGGCAACAGGUCCAAAAAUUAUAUGUCGUCGACAAUGCUAGCUUCAACGACCAUUUUCUAUAUGACAAUCUGACACAGACUUACAACAACCUCCAUAUCUCUCUUUCCUAUAACCUUUCAUUUGAAGAUGAAGAUCAGUUUAAUCAAUUCGUGAACACAUUUCAGAGUAAUUCCACUAAACCGGUUCCAGCCGAGAUCACAUUUUCAGGAAUAGUCAAGCUUCUUCCGAACCUGGACGGGUCCAAGUGUUUUAUCAGUCUUAUGUUAUCCGAAGAUAGUCAGAAACAGCUUAAAAAGACGGUGGAAUUGAUAAAUGCAAACAUUCCCCCGUUCAAGGACGGGUUUCAUAAUCAGCUAUACUCUCCGGAAUAUCUACAUUGUACUAUUGGCGAGAUCCGACACAAAGACUUGGACUUGCAAUGGCAAUCUGAGCCCAUUUCACUACGUGCAACCAGCUGUUUGAUUUCCAACGGCAUAAAAGAGACACCCCUCGCAAGUGGCAAAUUAGAACGUGUCUCAAGCUCUAAGAUUACCACAAUGUCAGGCUUAUCACCAAAUGACCCGCUUUACGAGCCUCCUCAGACAGACGAGGUUUCGAAACUGACUCCUCAAGAGCAGAAAUUGUACAAAAUGUAUGGGAGAUUACCAAAGAAAUCCGAACUCUUACAAAGUAAGCUCAAGGACAGGAAGUUCUUUGACAGCGGUGACUAUGCUAUGUCGAAAGCAACGGGGCACAAAGAACAAGUUGGAUCGAUUAAUCCGUUGAGAUUGCCGAAUAUUGAAGAUGUGGCCAGAAUUAACAGAAAUUCGAUUUCAGGGGUAAGUGCUACAGGUCUUUUAAGUGCUCAUCAACAGAAGUCGAACUUAGAUAACGAAGCACGGGAUGCAAACGAAGAGGCAAUCGAGGAUGAUUAG